UCACAUCAGGAAGCAUAUUUGGCAAAGGAAGGUCAAGCCGUGUUAUCGUUGUCUGGUGCUGUGUGGCUGCUGGCUGGGUAAAUAAAAAAUCAAUGAGCUGGAGCAAAUGUCCUUAGAAACAAAAAUGUUGAGUUUCGUUGACAUUUUUAAUCAAUUAUCGUUUUGGGGCUGAUAAAAUCAAUACACAUGCCGCAGGACUUCGAGUGAACGGUAUCCUGGCAGUAGUCUUUGCGUAACCAAGCAAAAAAGCUCUUAAAAAAACAAAAAAGAUUGUGUUUAUAUUAUAUAAGAAAUUCAAGUGAGUGGAGAUUAACAAUUUAGAUGACAAGAUGUCGUCUCCAUCAACACAUCCGUAUGGCCUCUCAGCGGAUGAAAUGGCGAGUCAGUUCGGAGCGACGGCGACUAUACCUAUACCUACACAUGGCUCUACCGGACCACCGCAGUCGACUAGACGUCCUGGUCUAGAUCGGGAAGAUGCCUUGGAAUAUUUCAUCAAGUUUCCCAAGCCCUCUGCAGAGAACGAUUUUGUUUUGGCCGACAAUGACAACGAGGACAACAAUGUUCCCAUUGUAAUGCUGCUGGGCUGGGCGGGCUGCCAGGACCGCUAUUUGAUGAAGUAUUCCAAGAUAUAUGAGGAUAGAGGCCUUAUUACUGUUCGAUACACGGCUCCGGUGGACACGUUGUUCUGGAAGCGUUCUGAGAUGAUUCCUAUUGGCGAGAAGAUCCUAAAGCUAAUUCAAGACAUGAACUUUGAUGCUCACCCCCUGAUUUUUCAUAUCUUCUCCAAUGGCGGCGCCUAUUUGUAUCAGCACAUCAAUUUGGCUGUCAUCAAGCACAAGUCACCGCUUCAGGUGCGCGGCGUGAUCUUUGACUCAGCACCAGGCGAACGCCGCAUGUUGGGGCUGUAUCGCGCCAUUACGGCCAUUUACGGAAAGGAAAAGCGCUGCAAUUGCAUCUCAGCGCUGGUCAUAACGAUUGCUCUGAGUUUCAUGUGGUUUGUGGAGGAAACGUUUGCGGCCUUUAAAAGCUUGUUUGUGAAAUCGUCGCCGGUCCACGCCAGUCCAUUUUGUGAUCUAAAAAACGAAGCAAACAAAUAUCCCCAGCUAUUUUUGUACUCCAAGGGCGAUGUUGUUAUCCCUUACAAAGAUGUAGAGAAGUUUAUUCGGCUGCGUCGCGAUCAAGGCAUUGAUGUAUCUUCGGCUUGUUUCGAGGAUGCUGAGCACGUUAAGAUCUACACCAAAUAUCCCGAACAAUAUGUCCAAUGUGUCUGCACUUUUGUGAGGAAAUGCAUGGCACUUCCUGCCUUUAAUGUUACCGUGGCUCACCCAGGAUGCGGGUUCAACGAGCUCCAAGAGAAACAAGAGCAUACAAAUCUGAAAUACGAUUAGACGCCAGCCGACGUAGAUACUACACUACAAAAUUGCAAACAUUUGAGCAGCGUAACAAUUAAUUCUUAAAGAAAAAUGUAAUUACUAAGCACAUCUUUGAACGCUUUAUAGUAGAAACGAAUUUAAGAGUUAUCUUUGCAACUAAAUCCUUGCAAAAAUUUUGCAAACUCCAUCGCGCAGUUAAUAAACCCUAAUUUAAAAAUGC